UCAUUUUCUUCAUAGCAACUGUAAAUGGAUCCACAGCAGCUGUAACAUCAUGACAUACAGGGACAUAAAUCCAAACAUGAGCUGCAGAUCCAUUACCCUAAACCUUUACCAUGCUAUAGAAAACCACCACCGCAGCUGUCCCCUGCCUGUCUGGAUGCAUGGCUGCAUAUGUGGACAGAGGGAGGGAGGGAGUGAGGAGCCCCGCUGCAAACCCUACAGGCUUUGGUGCCUCACAAUUUUCCAAAUGUCCACCAGAAGAAAAUCUGUUUAGCUGAAUCAGUGCCGUUUGCAUGCCAGUGUUCCUGACUAGUGCAGGCUGUUUGUUAGCUCCCGUUUUCUAUUUUAACAACAAGAUGAUGCUACAAUUUUCCGCUACUUUGGGAAUAUUAUAGGUAGUUUAAAGACAUUACAGUCCUGUGUCAUUAGAUUAAGCCUGCUAAUCUGGAUUAUGUUGGUACCUCCUGGAUAACUGCUGCAGUCUGUCAGAUUGGCUGGUCUGACACUGUCAGUUCAACAUGAGGGAGAUGAGCCAAAACCCAGCAGAACUCGCUGCGUAAAGACGCAAGAGCAAGCGUGGAGGGGCUUCUCUGAGCAGCUGGGGAUUUGUCCUGCUUUGUCUCCAGUCUGGAGACAGAGCUGAGGCAAACCUGCCAGGAGAUCUGAAGAACGACCUCUUCGAAGUCCAGUUUGGGUGAGAGGAAGGGCAUCAUGCAGGGGUGCGUCGUUGGUUCAAAGCUGCGCUUCUGGCUCACCCUGGUCUCUGGGAUGCUGGAGUGUCUGUGCUUCGCUGGUGUUGUGUUUGGUUUCGCCUCGUUGGUGUUUGUGCUGAAGGAAGACGGUUUCUUCAGCGAGCUGUGCAUCAGUAACCUGGAAAUCAACAGCAGUCUGCCGCUGACAGACUGUACCAGUCAGGAUGAGCAGUUUUCUCUGGUUUUCACUAUUGCCUCUUUCUUGAACAACUUCUUGAGUCUGGUUAAUGGCUUCCUGUUUGAUCGCUUUGGUACCUUCAUGACCAGGCUGCUGGCAAUAUUUGUGUACACCACUGGAACUCUUUUAGUGGCCUUCUCCAGCCCAGCAGAAUUGUCCCUGAUGCUUUUUCCUGCCUUGUCCUGCAUUGGUGUGGGAGGAAUGCUACUCCUGAUAACUAAUAUGCAGGUGGGCAAUUUGUUUCCGGCUCAUCGUUCCACCAUCAUCACCAUCUACAAUGGAGCCUUUGACUCUUCCUCAGCCGUCUUCCUCCUCAUUAAGGUUCUGCACGAACAGGGAGUCUCUCUGCGUUCUUCCUUCCUCUUCCUGUCCAUCUGCAGCAUCAUUCACCUGAUGAGGACGGUUCUGCUCAUGCCCAAAACGCACAUCCCUCACCCUCUGCCCGACAGCUACACCUAUGGGGUGAACUGUGGAAGGGCUAACGCUUAUGAUGUGGAGCAGAUUGAUGACAGGAGAGAAGUGAUGAUGAGAGUUUCACUGGAAGGCAGUGAAACUGACACUGCAACACAAGACAAUGGCACAGAGACACAUAACGUGGGUGAAGUUCGAAGCUUUCAGAGCUGUGUGCUGUCCUGGUUCUUCCUGUGGCAUCUGGUGUGGUUGUCUAUCAUGCAGCUGAGGCUCUACCUCUUCAUCGGGACCCUGAACCCCACGCUUGAGCGGCUGGCCAACAAUGACCCCGGUCUGGUGAGCCGGUACACCAAUGCUUUUGCCAUGACCCAGCUGUGUGGAGUGCUGUGCGCUCCCUGGAACGGCUUCCUCCUGGACAGACACAAAGGAAAACCUCGAGCCGCUGGUAUUUCACCGUCUGGUGCUGAAUUGCAUACUUCCACGUGCAGCAGAUCUCCUCACUUUGUCCUCCCUGCUGCAGGAGAAACGGAGCAGGAGGCGGACCUGCGCUCCUCCUGCCUGUCGUUGUUCCUGACCUCGCUGCAGAGCCUGGUCUUCUCCGUGUGCGUCUCCAUUCCCGUCCUCCCCCUUCAGUACCUCACCUUCAUCCUACAAGUCCUCAAUCGCUCCUUCCUUUAUGGAGGAAACGCAGCGUUCAUCAGCAUCGCUUUUCCAGCCUGUCACUUUGGGAAGCUGUACGGCCUCAUGAUGUCCCUGUCGGCCGUCUUCUCCCUGCUGCAGUAUCCCUGCUUCUCACUGGUCAAAGGGCCGCUGGGAGGAAAUCCUUUCUAUGUGGACGUCACUCUCACCCUCCUCACUCUGCUGGCUUUCAUCCAUCCCGCCUACAUCUUUGUCCACAGCCGGAAUCGAGCGCGCAGCAGAAAAAAAAACUUACAGCCAACCGGCCAAAAAGAGGCGUAGCGGAAGAAACCACCUAAAAACACGAUUUUCUAACAAGAAAUAAAUAAAUUAAAUCACUUGUACUUUUAUUUUUAAAUACGUGGAUCAUUUAUUUCUUAAUAAAAAUCUCCAAAAACUAUUUUGCAGAUACUUUUAUUUACUGAAAUGAACUCAGACUGCCCUUACAUUGCAGUACCACGGAUGACCAGUAGGGGGCCUCCCUGGUAAAGUUUUGUAGAUAUAUGUCUAUGAAGACUCAUUCAUCCAGGUUGAUUCCAUCAUAGCAGUAGGUUUAGGGCCGUCAUCUGGAUUUAGUUUUUUAAGGUUUAUCAGGUUUAUUCUUCCAUCCAUCAGUGUUCUGAAACCCAAACAAACCGAACCAGUUCCACCUGGGUUGUAAACAGCUGAAAGAGAUGACCAGUUUGGGGAGG